AAAAAUAAUAAAAAAAUAUGAUAAAAAUGCAGCGACGGCCAUCUUCACCAGGAUCAUCGCCCGUUGAGCUCGGAGACUGCCUGGAAGAGCUGCUCAAGUUCACGCUCCAAUCUCACAUCGAUGGAGCCCUAGAGCAUGAUCUAGGCUUAUCUGCAGAGUUCUGCUCCCACCUCCUGAAUGACGAUCUUCCUCGACCCAAUUUAGAUCGCCCUGACGUUUCCAAAUUGUAUAAGGAUCUAGCGUCGACUCUUUGGAAGUCGGUCUCCAAAGCACCGUGUGGGUCAUUAGAUGACUUGGAGGACAAAGAAAAAUGUAAGGAGUUGAUUACCCAAGGAGGAGCUGAAUUAGUAAAUGUUCUAAAGACAGUUAACUUUGAGCUUCAUGUUCAGGAGCCUUUCUUUACUCAGCUAAAAGAUGGCCUAAAGACAGUGGAAGGAAGAUGUGCUGCUGGUGAUUACAUUCGAAUUCAGCCUGGAGCCUUGAUACUUUUCAAUAAAUGUUUGUUGUUUGAGGUUCAGGAUGUUCGUCAAUACCCUUCAUUUUCUGCAAUGUUGGAAGCAGAAAGUCUUGAUAAAGUUCUUCCUGGAGUAAAAACCUUAACAGAUGGUGUUCAAAUAUACAGGAAUUUCUAUUCUGAAGAGAAAGAACAGUCCAAUGGUGUCCUUGGAAUUCAUGUCAAAAAAUCUGUUGUCCAGCCAUCCGUUAUUUUGUCCAGAAUUAUAUCUGGAUUAGGCUACAAUGCUAUUCAAAGCUUUCUUGGCUUUUCAAGCACAGAAGAAGCACUGUAGGAGUGAUUUCGAACAUCAAACAAAUGUUCUUGCCUUGACAUAUUCAAAUAAUAAGGUAACUCAAAUCUUACUUUCUCUUGAAGUGAUUCCUUAUCGUUUUGAGAUUGUUAGAUAUAUUGUAAAAAUAUUAUUCUUCAAUAAGAUUGUUGGAUCAAAUUCUCAAGAGUUCCAAUC